AGCCUCUACAACUGAGCCUAAUAUGUCAGCCCCCUUGUGGUUUGCUAUUUGUUGAUAAACAAUUAUUGCACUUACCAAGAUGAAUUUUCAUCGAGUAUUUGUUCUUUUGGUAGUGUUCAUAACGAUAGAUUUCAACUGUUGUCAUGGGAGAAGGGAGUGGCAUAACAGUUUUUAUGACUUCACGGUGAAAAACAUCGACGGGAAGCGGGUUCGCCUUGAAAAAUACCGUGGCACGCCAUCCCUUGUUGUGAACGUAGCCAGCGAGUGCGGCUACACUGAUAGGACCUACCAUGAACUGGUGGAGCUCAGUAAAGAUCCGCAGUUUGAAGGUCGCCUCAACAUCCUGGCAUUUCCUUCUAACUCGUUCUACCAGGAGCUGCAAUCCAACGAGGAGAUCAAACGCUAUGUCAAGGCCUUGUACGAUGUGGAGUUUCCUCUCUUUGCUAAAGUUGAGGUGAUUGGGCAUGGUGCGGACCCGGCUUGGCAGUUCCUUACCUCAAAUGCCCACCAAGAGCCGACAUGGAACUUCUGGAAGUACUUGGUAGAUUCAGACGGACAGGUCAAAGGCGCCUGGGGCCAAGAUACUCCUGUCCAUAGCUUAUACAGUGAACUCCUGGACGAAGCAAUCAUGGCCGAACCUUACCGCUACCGUCACUCCCACUUUGACGAUGAGUUCUGACAAGGACUGCAAAGAUAACUGUGGAUUCAUUUCUGCUCGUUCACUUGCACAAUUCUGGUUAGAUGUCGGUAAGAAGCAUUGGUAUUGCACACACAUGGAUCACUAUCGGUGUGUUAACUUUGCCUAAAUCAAAUAUUUUGGGGUCAAAGAAAUCUGUUUGGCUUAAGAGAAAUUUGACUUGGAAGAGAUUUAUAACACUUUUGUAUAGUCUGGUCUCAAAAACUGCUUUGACUUUUGUGAAUGUAUGACGGAAGGUCGACCAUAUUUAAGUUUUCCGGUAUUUGUAUGGUGUUUGCAAGUAUCUUCUGGAAGAAAUGAAAUAAGAAAGAAAGAAAUGAAACUGAAAGUGAGACAAAUUUCUUCAAGAACUUACAGAAAAUUGAAACAAAAGAAGAGAAAAUACCAUAUAAUAGCAGUAUAUGUCCUUGAAGAAGUUUAAGAACCUUGGUAGGAGUGGAAGGUUUACACAGAGGUCAGACAUUGAGUCACAUUGUUUUUUGGAUGGUGAGGUGAAGCAUGAUCUUCAUUAAAUUAACCAAUUGCCUCCUGAAUUUUAUGAUUCCCAUAGGCUUUGUACAGGGACAGCCUGGUUCCAGUAUGCAGUGAGUUGGUAGAGAUAGGUGUCUGUAUAAGCAACCACACACACAUACACACCCACUCCAGCACAGGUAGCACUAUUAUAUGUCUGACUCAUUCUUGUUGUUGGUUCUUACAAUUUAAACGCCAAGUCCCCCUCGAGAACAAACUGAUUUGAAUAAAAAGUGAAAAAGCAACAAGCAUAGUACUAAAAAAUUCAUAAAAAUCACAUUUAAAACUAAAUCGACAUUCUAAGAUUUUGCUUAAUUUCCCAAUAAUAUUUUCAACAAUUUGCUGCUUUUAUUCAAACCAAUUAAUCCUGGGGUUAGACUUGCCCUUGAAAUGUAUGUUUAUAAACAUAUUUCAUGUGGAAAAAAAGAUCUUGCCAUUUAGUAAAUUUGUGCAUACUCGACAUCACUAGCAAACCAUAAAACAGUAUUAUUGUGAAGAUGUAUUGCAUAAGAUGUUCCUGUAAGACACAAAGUUUAUUGUGUAAUUGACUUGUUUCUGUCCCUGGUGCUACAGAGAUAGGUAGAGAUAUAUAUGUGAUGCUAGGGGAUAUUCAUACUGUGUAGGAUUUACAGGGUUUGUGUUUUUUGCUUGUUUUUUUUUUUACUGAGCUGUGGCUUAUUGGAAAUACAUGUUGGUAUAUCUAGUCAUUUAUUGAUUUGUAUUCUUUAGAAAGUCUAUUUCAAUGACAUCUUUGAAUAGAAUAUAAGACUUUGGUUGAAUUUAUCUAAUAAGUAUUUCAAAAGAUGCCUCAUUUUAGAAAUAAAAGUGCUCUUAUUACUUCAUUGACUUAUUUGCUUACUGCUUGCUAAAUACUUCUUUUUAAAGGGGGAACAAAUUGACCUACACUGAGUGGUCUCUCAUUGACUAUGUGUUAUACAGUGCGUCCCAGAAAAAAGGAAACCAGGAAUCCCAAUUCUUUUUUCUUUAAAGGAAAAUGAAAUAUGAUAUUUCAUUCACAUCAUUGUACAAUUCAAUUAUUCCUCUAUAUUUUGAUACCUAGUAAUAUGAGAUGAACACUUCACGCAUUAAUGAGCAAGACGAGUUUGAAAUGUUUAUGUCAAAAUCAGGUUGCGCAGAAAAGUUGAACAAGGUUGGUUCGUGAUGCGACGACCGUGCUUAUUUGUAGGUUGUCUCAUUAGCAUUUCUUUUGUAUUCUUUAAGUUUCUCUCAGUGAUCCCUGAAAUGAGAGUAGAUUCAGAUUCACACGCGAGUUUCUGCACAAAUCAUUUCUGACAUGCCUCAAUAUAUAUUGAUUGUAAUCUGCCAUGCGCAAACAAUUUGCUAAGAUGUUGGUCUCAUAUUAAAGAUGAAAUUCCACUCUUACCAUAAAUAUCAAAUCUAUUGUAAACUCAUAUUUAAUAAUUGUGAAAUCUGUCUCUGAAAAUGGGGUUCCUUUGUUAUGGGAUGCACUGUAUAAGAGGCUAGUCUUAAAAUUUACCUUUUUAGAUAUCAAUGAUACAGAGAACAGUUAGCCUUUAAUUCUAUUUGUAUAGAGAAUCUGAAAUUAUGCUCUGAGAGGAAAAGUACUUUUUUUUUUACUACUUUUUUUUUAUAACAAAAAUAUUGCAGUAUGUAUACGUAUUGAAUGGUGAAUUAGUUAUCUUACAAUAUUCUGCCUUUAUUUUAAGACUUCGAUACCCAGAAUGUUGCAUUAUGGAAUAUGGGUUAUUGAUAAUAUGCAAUUGAAAAUAAUGAAAUAGAUUUGGUCGAUUUGCAUUCGGUAUUUCUGGUGUGCCUGUUACCUGAAGGUUCAGAGGCUGUUGAAUAGGGUUUACUGACGGUUGGUCUAAUAUAACUUGGUCUUAUCAUCAGAUGGGCUAACAACAUUCGGGCUAAACCCACUAAGUGCAAUUCUAUUUUGGUCUAAUGACCACUUGGUCUAAUAGCCAAUUGGUCUAAUACUACUUGGUCUAAUAGCCAAUGGGUCUAAUGACCACUUGGUCUAAUAGCCCAUUGGUCUAAUAGCCACUUGGUCAAAUGCCCAGUUGGGCUAAUUGUCACUUGGUAUAAUUUUCAUUUGGUCUAAUUGCCAUUUCGUCUAAUGUAUUUUAUUGUCACUUGGUCUAAUAGCAUUUGGUCUAAUACCAGUUCGUCUAAUAGUCAAAGUGGAGAUUAGACCAAGUGGUGUUAGACCAACUGGAAAUUAGACUAAAUGGUUUUAGCCCAAUUGUUCAUUAGACGAAUUGGAUAUAGACCAAGUGGGAAUUAGACAAAUUGGAUAUUAGACCAAGUGAAAAUUAUCCCAUCUGGUUAUUAGCCCAAAUGGAAACUAGACGAAUUUGAUAUUAGACCAACUUAAGCAGGAAUAAGACGAAUUGGAUAUUAGACGAACUGGUUGUAGACGAAAUGAGUUUAGACUAUGUGAAGUUGGGCGAACUGAUAAGUAGACCAAGUGGUAUUAGACCAUCCGAUAAUUCACCUUCAAUAGUAUCAAAUGUAACUUGUUUUUCCACCAAUUUGAAACAUACAUUUUCUUGAUGAGACUUGCCUUUUACUGGAUGUUUCUGAUGAAUCUAUAUGAGCAGACUCCAAACUACUUUGAAAAUAUGUUGCAUAAGCGUGGUUACUAUCAGUAUUUUUCGAUCACAGAGGCGUUAUGACAAUUAUAUACAUAUAUAUAUUUAUGUGAAAUGCAGUAUUAUCAACUCAUUGUUUUCAUAGAUCGUCCAGAUUUUUUUUUUUCAUCCUCUGGAGUUUAUUAUUUUUCAUGAGUCUGUAUGAAUUGUGCUAGAUUUCACAGACUAUCCUGAUUUUUCCCCAUUCUCUGGAGAUAACUAUUUCCAGGUGUUCUAACUGUAUAAAUUCAUAUUUGGUGCUAAAACAGACAAUCAGUACUGCCAAGAUCUUGCUCAAAGCUGUAUGUGCAUAAGUGUAUUUUCAGAAUAACCUUGCUGAACUUAAAAUGUUAUCAAUGGACUUCUAGCACUAACCCUACAUUAAAGAAAAAAAAAAUUGUGCCUAAAAUCUUUUACUGACGGGAAAGGGUAAAAGUAACGGAUUGUUUCAAUUAUUGGUGGCGGAUGGUGUAUUCUGUCCCAUUAUGACAUGUACAUACAAUGAAAUAUCCCAUUGUUUGACUAUAUUCUGUUAUGAAAAUGCGUUGUUAUAGAAGUAUAUUUAAAUGUUUUCACACAUACACUAAGUACUGGAAAAUUGGCAACUGAAUCAUGUAUUCAGUGAAAUACACAGUUGUUGCCAGAUUUGUUUUUUUAAUGCCUUGCUCAUUCUGGUGCUAAUGCUUUUUUGAGAGAAUGCUUUGUAUUUUUUGUAAACACACUUUUUUCACUGAAAUUAAUAUAUUUUCACUGUAUGUCAACAAUAA